GAGCUCCGAGAGGCCCAGUCGAAGAGCGGGCGGCCGCGGCCGUAACUUACCCCUCUCCUCGUCGCGCACGCCGGGAACCCGUCGCCGCGGCUGCUUCGGCUGCGGCGGUCGGUCGUCGUGAUGGACUGUCCGUGGAAUGAGCUGUCCCUUGCCUUUUCUCGUACUUCCAUGUUUCCCUUUUUUGACAUUGCCCACUACCUGGUGUCAGUGAUGGCACUGAAGCAUCAGCCGGGAGCAGUGGCGGUGGCAUGGAAGAAUCCUCUGUCAAGCUGGUUUACUGCUAUGCUCCACUGCUUUGGUGGAGGAAUUUUAUCUUGUGUACUCCUUGGGGAGCCUCCAUUGAGGUUUCUUGCAAACAGCACUAAUAUAUUACUGGCAUCUUCAAUCUGGUAUAUUGUAUUUUUUUGCCCCCGUGACCUUGUUUCCCAGGGAUAUUCAUUCCUACCUGUUCAACUCUUGGCUGUGGGAAUGAAGGAAGUGACCAGAACUUGGAAAAUAGUAGGUGGAGUCACCCAUGCUAAUAGCUAUUACAAAAAUGGCUGGAUAGUCAUGAUAGCUAUUGGAUGGGCCCGAGGUGCAGGUGGUAGCAUUAUCACGAAUUUUGAGCAGUUGGUAAAAGGCUGUUGGAAACCAGAAGCUGAUGAAUGGCUGAAGAUGUCCUACCCUGCCAAGGUAACCCUGCUGGGGUCAGUUAUCUUCACAUUCCAGCAAACCAAUCAUCUGGCAAUAUCAAGGCAUAAUCUUAUGUUCCUCUAUACUAUGUUUCUUGUGGCCACAAAGAUAACCAUGAUGCUUACAGAGACUGCUUUUAUGCCUUUUGCUUUUUUUGAGGAUACAUUGAGUUGGAUGCUGUUUGGCUGGCAGCAGCUGUUUUCAUCAUGUGAAAAGAGAAGUGAAACAAACUCGUCUCUCAGUGGUACUGGUUCAUCGACCUCAAAACCUAUAGCUGAUGCUUCAGAUAAAGUUCAUAAGAAGCAUACUAAAAAGACUAAGUAAAUUUACUUAAUGAACUUCAGAAGGCAAAAAAUUUUCUUUGUCUUAUCUACCUGUCAGAUUGUGAUAAAUAUUUCUAUGUAAAUGAUGUAAAAUAAAGAUUAUAUAUAAGGAUUGGAGGUGACAAAAUGAAAGAACUUCUUUCUGUUUCAGGGAGACUCUCCCUUUCUGGAUUGUAAUUUCCUGAGUGUUAUGAGUGUAUCAUGUGAAAUGGUUUUUCUAAGUUAUAUAUAAAAGAUUCUAUUGUGAUUUUUAAACCAAUUUUAUCUUGAUAAAAGCCUAGUGUUUUUGAAUGUUAGAAAAAGUAAACCUACUGUCAUUGCAAAAUAACAAAAAUUAAAGUUUUAUUGUUUAAUCUA